GACAGGGAUUGUAUCAGGGAUAAGACUGCUUGCUUGUACAGCACAGCUCUCAUCCAGAGGAGAUCAACUGAUCGCUGGCUGCCCUGCUGGGAAAUGUUCCACCUCUUGUAGAACGAAAUAGCCCUAUUUUACAUGUCAGCCUUGUGCAGGAGUUAAUGCAGGAUAAACAGCAGCUUGCUUGUGACUGGAAUGAGAAACAUAAUGUAUUUUGGAGGAACAUGCCCAAACUCAGCACUUUCUGCCCUUAUUCGACCUCCACUCCCUACUUUGCAGCAUCCACUGGAUAUCAAGCAAUUCCUUCCUUUUUCUUUAGACAAUGCCACAGCAGUUAACUUCUUCCCAAACUUCAAUGCUACUGGACGAUUGCUGAGAUUAAGAGCUCUCGAUGGAGGUGACACCACCUCCACUUUGUGCACUGCAGAAAAGAACUCAGAGCCCCGCUCUGAAUUCCUCUGCUUACCAGAAGGGGGGAUGCAGCAAUGGAGAGAACUACAAGAGCGCAUUUUAUUUUUUCAAAGGAAACCUCACCCAAGCCAAGCAGUGGCCCACUACAAAGGCACCAAACAUGCCAAGAAGCUCAAAGCAUUGGAAGCCAUGAAAAAUAAGCAGAAAUCUGUUGCUACCAACGACAAUGGAAAGACUCUCUUUACUUCCAUCCCUACUAAUACUAUCAAUGCCAGCUGUGAGAAAACAGAAAUUACUACAGGGAUACCAGCAAUAUCUACUAGUACAACCUUGGAAAUAAGAAAAAUCAGUGUUAUGACCACAGAGACCACAUCUAAAGUCGAUAAAAAAAUCACUCUAGUUACCAGCAGCAGCAGCAUCUGCCCUUCUGGAGAGACGGAAGAGGAAAAAGCAAAAAGACUACUCUAUUGCUCCCUAUGCAAAGUGGCUGUCAACUCUUCCUCACAGCUGGAAGCACACAACAGCGGAACAAAGCACAAAACUAUGGUGGAAGCACGUAAUGGAAGCGGAACAAUUAAAGCUUUUCCACGAGCAGGAAUAAAGGGCAGAUUACCCAUGAGCAAAGGAAACACAGGCCUCCAAAAUAAAACAUUUCACUGUGAAAUAUGUGAUGUUCAUGUUAACUCUGAGACACAGCUUAAACAGCACAUUAGUAGUAGAAGACACAAGGACAGAGCUGCUGGGAAACCUCCUAAACCUAAAUAUAGUCCCUAUAAUAAAACACAGAGGGGAAGUACUCCACUUGGGGUAAAAUUAGCCUUUUCAAAACAACGCCUAAAGCCACUGAGUCAACGGAUAUUACCAAAUCCAUUGGUAGCUGCAGCAGCUGCUGCUGCAGUUGCUGUGAAUUCACCUUUUAGUCUCAGAACCACCCCAGCUGCCGCAUUAUUUCAAACAUCAGCACUUCCUCCAGCACUUCUGCGACCAGCUCCAGGACCAAUACGGACCACCCAUACACCUAUUUUAUUUGCUCCCUAUUGAACUACAGGCAAUAUUUUUUCCAAAAUAAAAAUAAAAAUAAAAACAAACAAUAAACUAUGCAGUGCUUAUUUAUAAUUUGACAAUAAUGCAAACCAGGACUUUUCAUGGAUGAAAAAAAACAUUUGGUUUAAGCAAGAAAGGUUGUAUUUUCUUAAAUGAAAUAGUUCUUUAAUUUCCUGUUUAUUUUGUUGGCAAAUUACUCUUACUUGUAAAUAAUACAGAAUAUUUGAUUGUCCGUGUGAAUCCUGCUUAUCUGAAAUAUUCCUUUUGUUUAGGGCAUUAUCAAAUUCCAGUGUACAUACAAUACUUAAUUUUGUAGAUUAAGAAAAAACAAAACAACACUGUGAAUAGAACCCUUCUGAAUCUUAAUGCCAAGUCUCCAAUUGCUGGGUGUUUAUCUGAACUAAUUUGAUACAGUAGAUGUCUUGUAAAAAAGUAGUGCUAUGUCUCUCUUAUGUUAUAGUUUUAACAAAUAUUCAAAAAGACAUAAAUAACUUGCUGUCUUACUCUGGAUAGCAGCUUGUCAAGCAAAUUAAAACUCUUUGCACUCAAUUAGUACAAUAUAUAUAUAUAUAUAUAUAUAUAUAAAGAAAUUCAAAUUGGCAGAGAUUUACUGCAUUCUCAUAACAAAUGUGUACUGCUGUUUUGCAGCAGAUAAAAUACAUUGCAAUGUGUGAUAUGUGCCAUGUACUUUUAAAAAUCUCCAAACUAUUAGUCUUUUGUAUGUGUUACUGUUUUCCUUACACCCGUUGCUUCAUCUUCUUUAUGUUACCUCUAUAGAUUAGAGUAUGUUUGAAAACAUAGAGUCGAGAUGUUACUGAAUAUAUUCUUAACUUCAAGACUGAUAUUUUUAAAAUAUUUCAGGAGAUUUGGGGGGUGCUGUAAGUCUAUAGAGAUAAGCAUUGAGGAAAUGCUUUGUAUCUUUCCAUGAAAAUGACUAUGAUACUUUAAAUCCAAAAGUUACCAGAAGUAUAUCAUAUAUUAUAUUUCAAACUGUUAGAAAGUAUUUGUCUCAUGCAUAUAUAUUUACCUGGGUCAGCUGCACAAUAAGGCUAAAAUCGUAUUACAAUAAAGUGCUAUGUUGUUUUAUAUGCUAGGAAA